AUGCCAGCUACAGCAAAAGAAGAAGAAGAGGAGGCGGAACAAGAACUCGGAAAUCAGCUGUCAAAAAAGUAACGCUAGUUAAAGUGUAUACAACGUAUGAGAAAGAGAGAUGUCCCGAGCUUGCGUACAGCACUGACUGAACACAGCCGCGAAGAUGCCUGCAGUGUCCACCGAAGUCAAGGAGCUGUAUCUGUGCACCUCGUUGGGUGACCUCAAUAAAAAGGCUGAAAUUAAGGCGGAUAAGACGAGCACCAGAAGCUAUGUUCAGAGUGCCUGCAAAAUCUUCAAGGCGGCAGAGGAGUGCCGUCUGGACAGAGAUGAGGAGAAAGCUUAUGUGCUGUACAUGAAGUAUUUAACAGUUUAUGACAUCAUUAAGAAAAGACCGGACUUCAAGCAGCAACAGGAUUAUUAUUUGACCAUGCUGGGGCCAAACAGCUUUAAGAAAGCCAUUGAAGAAGCUGAGAAGCUCUCUGAAAGCCUUAAACUCAGGUAUGAGGAAGUUGAGGUUCGCAAAAAACUUGAGGAGAGGGAGAGACAAGAGGAGAAGAAAAGGAGGGAGGAAAUAUCAGAGAAAGAUGGUCAAGGCUCUCCAAAAGCAUCAUCAGCAAACAAGGACAGCAAAAAAGUGAAAGGAGAGCAGAAUGAACUGAAGAAUGCAACAUCAAAGGCUGUGCUGCCAGCUGGUGGGAUCACAGCUGAGAAACUGUUCCACAUGAUGAAGGACCAGGCAAUUACAUUAAUUGUCAUGGAUGCCCGCAGCCAGAAGGACUUUGAGGAGUCUCACAUUCAGGUCCCAGCCCAGACCUGCAUCAGCGUGCCUGCAGAAGCCAUUAGCCCAGGAAUCACUGUGAAUCAGAUUGAGACAAAGCUGCCAGAUGUGUCCAAAGAGCAUUGGAAGCAGCGGGGAUUUACAGAUUAUAUUAUUUUGCUGGACUGGUUCAGUUCUGUCACAGACCUUGCACUGGGCACCACCUUGCAGAGCCUCAAAGAUGCCUUGUAUAAGUGGGACAGCAUCACCAUUCUGCGUAGUGAGCCACUGGUGCUGGAGGGGGGCUACGAGAACUGGCUGUUGUUUUAUCCCAUGUACACAACCAAUGCUAAAGUUCGUCCCCCUAGACAGAAUAUAAUCAGCGCCACCCCUCAGUUGAACUUCAGCUACCCAUCUCUAGAGGAACCAAAGCCUCUGACCCCACCUCAGCCAGAGCCUGAGAUCACACCUGAGCCUCAGGAACCCUCAGCUCCUGUGCUGGUGAAUGGGGUUGCACCAGCCGACCCCCCCACAUCUAAAACUUCCAUGAUUACAGAUGGGUUGUCAGACACUAUUGAUUCAUCUGUCACAAGCUCUACAAGUUCUGAACAAGACCUCAAUAAAAAGGGCACUGCGGUAGGCGCAUCACAGUCACCUGCAAGAGCCAAGCCCUUCCCACAGUUUGACCGUACCCAGAAACCCUCUGUCUGGGUGUCUGAUGAGUCUCGGCUGAGUCCGAAUGGGUCAGUCAAGGACUCCACCCAAAAUGGCCCAGCUGUCCCUGACCGAUCAGUCAAACCACCGUUUAUGCCCAACACGUCUCUGUCUAAAGAAGAGCAAAGUCAAAUACACUCUGAGGCAGUGGCAGUGAUGGAGAAGGCCAGGCAAGAGCAUGAAAAACGCAUCCAGGAGCGUCGUUUAGAGGAGGAGAGGAGGGACAAGGAACAGAAGGAGAAGGAGUUGAAAGAAAGGCUAGAAAGGGAAGAAAGUGAGAAGAGAAAAAAGGAAGAGGAGGAGAAAAGACACCAAGAGAAAAAGAAACUGGAAAGGCAGAAGGCCGAAGAGCAGGAAGACAAAGAGAACAAGGCAUCGGAGGAAAAAGAGAGAAAGGGAAAGGAGCAGAACUCUGACACACCCUCCAAGAGUAUGUCUCUGGAUUCCCCUGCUCCCAACCACAUUGUUAGUGAAAUAAAAAGGGAGCCACUGACCAGAGCGAGGAGUGAGGAGAUGGGUAGGAGUGUACCAGGCCUUCCAGAUGGUUGGAUGAAGUUUCUUGACACGGUGACAGGGACCUAUCGAUACUACCAUUCCCCAACGAACCGUGUACACCUGUACCCUCCUGAGGUCACUGUUCCCCAUACCCCACCCUCCACACCACCAACAGUCAAACAGAAGCCAUCACGACCAGCUGAGCCAGACGCCAACCGUGAACGAGAGCAGGAACAGUCUAAACUGAAACGCUCCUACUCUUCUCCUGAUAUCAGCCAGGACCUGAGAGAGGAGACCCAGAAGAAGGCCACUGCCCCGACCACUGCUGCUGUCAUACCCACCAUCAAUAGGGACACCAAACCUGUCAGUGCUAAAGUCUAUUCUAAAGUGGAGAUUGCACGGCCUUCAGCUGCCAAAAUUCGCAACCUGAAUCCUACAUUUGGAGGUUUGGGUGCCUCACUGACUGGUCUUCGUAACCUGGGAAACACAUGCUACAUGAACUCCAUCUUGCAGUGUUUGUGUAACACUCCUGCAAUGGCUGACUACUUCAACAACAAUUGCUACCUGGAGGACAUCAACAGGUACAACAUCCUUGGCCAUAAAGGGGAGGUGGCGGAGGAGUUUGGUGUGAUCAUGAAGGCCCUGUGGAGUGGUCUGUACAAAUGCAUCAGCCCACGGGAUUUCAAGAUCACCAUAGGCAAGAUCAAUGAGCAGUUUGCUGGCUAUGACCAGCAAGACUCCCAGGAGCUGCUGCUGUUCCUCAUGGAUGGGCUCCAUGAGGACCUUAACAAGGCGGAUAACAGGAAGCGUUACAAGGAGGAGGAAAAUGACCAUCUGGAUGAUCAGACAGCAGCUGACCUGGCCUGGAGCAAGCACAAGCUGCUGAAUGAGUCCAUCAUUGUAGCACUGUUCCAGGGACAGUUCAAGUCCACUGUGCAGUGUCUGACCUGUCACUGCAAGUCACGGACUUUUGAGACCUUUAUGUACCUCUCCCUGCCUCUGGCCUCCACCAGCAAAUGCUCCCUGCAGGAUUGUCUGAGGCUUUUCUCCAAGGAAGAGAGGCUGACUGACAACAACAAAGUGUUCUGCAGACACUGCAAAGCCCACAGAGAUUCCACCAAGAAACUGGAGAUCUGGAAGGUCCCACCCAUUCUCCUGGUGCACUUAAAACGGUUCUCCUAUGAGGGUAGAUGGAAGCAGAAGCUGCAGACAUCUGUGGACUUCUCCCUAGACAGUCUGGAUCUAGCCCAGUACGUCAUUGGACCCAAACAGAACCUGAAGAGAUACAGCCUUUACGGAGUUUCUAACCACUAUGGCGGUUUAGAUGGUGGACAUUACACAGCCUACUGUAAGAAUGCUUCCAGACAGCGCUGGUACAAGUUUGAUGACCACGAGGUGUCUGAAAUCUCCACCUCAUCUGUCAAAUCCUCUGCAGCCUACAUCCUGUUUUACUCCACCCUGUAAUGGAGCUGCAGUUUAUGAAGAGAGAACGCUACACCAGAGCAGCAACACUCAAGCCUUGAGGUUGUUUUUUUUUUUCUUUCAAAAAUCACAGCUCUGUGGACCUGGCGUACCCACUGCGGGUAAACAAGUCAUGUGUGUACAUGAGGAUGCACUUGAGCAAGUGACUACGAGAUCCUGUCUGUUCCAGAUUGGAGAAUGGUGCGAGCACACUGUGCAGUGCUUCAGCUACUAGAAGACCCUAUAGCUGUUUAAAACAUGCUGUCUGUUCAUAUUACUGGUCAUCUAGUGAUUAAACAGAUGCUCCUAUUACUCUGACUCCUAUACCAUGAUGAUCGUGUUGUAGGGCUGACAGCUGGUUCAGAUGCUCUUCAUCAUUUGCGAUAAGCUCAGUGUUGAAAGCCCUAUCACAGAACUGAUUGUCAGCUUUCCUGUACUAUGUAUACACCAGGGUUAACAGUUAGAUGGCAUGUACAUACAUACCAAUGCUGAUGUUGCACAUUCAGAAAUGUAAAUACUCGAAGGCAAGGUGUUGAUCUGUUAAGUGACCAAAUUAUUAUAAUUUUUUAAGGUAGCAGCUGUCAUAGUAUCACCUUAUUCAUAAAGACAAACCAUGUGUUUUAGGGGUAAUCUAUAGCCUUCUGAAGUUUAACAUGAUCUUUAAGUGUUGAAUUUUACAGGAGAGCAUUGAGAUUGUUGCUUGUUCGCAUUAGGCACAUUCUUGCACUUAUACAAUAUGCAGUCAUUUUAAGUUGUUUAUGUGGAACACUUUGUUUAACAGCAGACAUUAAAACCCGACUCCGAAUGCUUUGAAACCAUGCUGAUGCUGAGAUCCAUCAUGAUUGGUCCAGCCAGUAACAGAAAAUCCUACCUGCUUCUAUAAAGUUUGUUGUAAAAUGUUUGUGUUAAUCAUGCUUAACUCUUUUCCUUAUAUUAUUAUAUUCAAACAAAAACUAUAUAGAGGAUAAGUUGGCAUAUUCCUUGGAUUAUAAUGGUGAUACUGGUUUUGUUUCUGGGAGGCUGGAAUUCUGAUUUGAUUUAAGUAGUUUCUGUCUUCAGUACUGACCUGGGAGAAUAGAAAGACGGGAGAAAUUAACCUUACUGGCACACACCCACACACGAGUGUGUUAUUGUCACCAUUUGCUGUCCAACUGAUCACUGACCAGACAAGCACAAAUUAUACUGAUAUUUUCUUUCCUGAAUGGACCAGAGAUCUGAGGUGGUAGGAUUUGAUUCUCUGCUUUCUGAGUACAGUCUUAUUGCCUAGCAUGAGAUCAUAAUCUGUUUUCUUUUCACUUGUACGUGUUGAUUUUAUUUCUUAUGCUCUUAAAAAAAUUGCUUCUGACAUAACGAUUAUAUUAAUCACAAACAACUCAUACGACUAUUUAUUAAAACUGCUUCAAGUUA